CAGGCAAGUUUUUCACACCAGCAUACUGAGAAACCAAAACCAUACUGAUAGCUGCUACAUUUAAAAUAUAGCUGAGUAUCUGUGACCAUGAAGCUGCUGGUCUGUACCUCCUUGCUGUUGUGCUCCAUGGUACUCUUGGUGGAGUGUUACUCUACUGGUGCUCCAGAAGGAACAUGCAACACUCUCGCUCCAAACCCCAUAAAGCAUGAAGCAGGUCUCCAAACAAUACAAAGUCCUUAUGUCCUUGACAUUGAAACCUUCACUGAUGGCAAAGGUGGCUACCAUUACGAACCUGGAAAAACUUAUCGAUUGACUCUGCUUGGAGUGGACCAGCAUCCUUUCAAAGGGUUCUUUGUGGAGGCUCGAGCGAUGACAGCCAAUGGUAAAACAGCGGCGGCUGGGAAAUUCAGCGUGAUACCAGGAGACUCAGUGAGCAGACUCAGCAGUUGCUCUGUCCCUACCGAUGGGAUCACACACAAAUCUGCUGUGGAAAAGGUAGCUGUAACUUUUGAGUGGACUGCGCCUAAACCGGGAGUGGGAAGCAUUCCGUUUGAGUUUUCAGUUGUUCAAGUGAAGAAGAUUUACUGGGCACACCAGAUGACUGCUUUGAUCAAGCAAAAGCCAAGUGCCAUCAGUGCAUCAGUGCAAUCACUAUCUGUGGAUAAGAUGACUCUGCUUCAAGCUAUAAUUGCAAAGCUUUUGACAAGAAAUUAAAGAAGAGUAAUCACACUAGCGUUACAUGGAAUUUUCUAGUAUAUAUAGUAAUCAGCAAGGGCCCACCUUCGGUGGUUGAUACGCCCUUGGUAUCAGUUAGGAACUUAUGCCUAUCUAGCUGGCGCUUCUGUAGUAGAUGAACAAUUAUUGUUUGCAGUUGGGUAUCUAUAACGACUCUA